UGUCAUAUCCUUGUUUAUUCAAUAUAUUUUUAAAUUCAUUCAGCCAAAUGAGACUUUGAGCAGAUGUUGUCCCAGCAUAAUUAUUUGAAAUAUUGAGUAGCAUAGAGUUACGCUACAAGGAUUAUUAGCCAUAAUGUAAGCUUCAUACCACUGGCACUUGGAUUGGCACACGCCAGAAAGGAUUUGAGACAUUUCAAGGUGAUUUCUGUCCUGAAAUGACUGCCUGAAUACAAGGUAUACCUAGAACUUAAUAGACUUUUCAAGGUCAUAAAAUAAAUGCGAUUCUAGAUGAACAAAACUAUUCAAAAGAAAUCUAUGAUGGAUCGUGAUGACUCUGCAACCUUUGUACAGUAUCAUAGGAGACCUCAUUCAUGGGGACAUGUGAUGCGACAUGCAGUGAGGAAAGAUUGCGAGACUGCGAAGUAAAAUCUUUAGAAUAUUUGCAUUCCGUAAAUGAAACUGGAUAUGAUGAGUUUUGUGAGGAUCUAAGAACUAACAAGAACUGUCCAAGAAUUGUACCUGAAGACUGCAAAAAACAUUUCCCGACAGCUUCUACUCUUUACACUGUGUUCAUGGAACGCAUGUAUGAAUGGUGUAAUAGAAGCUCUGAAGACAGAAGAAUUUGGUUCAAGGUAGGUUUUUGUGCCACAAAGAAUCCAAGACAAUUUCACAAGUGUUUCAAAAUGCGUACUAUAAAGAAUGAAACUGAGGAUGUAAACCAACAAUCAAUUGACUGCGAGUAUUACGAUUUCCUUUAUUGUAUGUCUAACCAGGUCUUAAAUCAUUGUGGCGAAGAAGCAGAAAUUUUGUCCAAGUAUAUCGAAGGAAGUGUGCACGAGUCUUAUCAGAAUGUUUGCAAAGGAUGCACUGGCAUCAUCAAGAACUACUGGAUUCUAGAUUUGUUAGCUUUUCUUUCAUUUCUGUUAAAUUAUAAGAUUUUUUAUUAGUAUUUUAAUUCCAAUAACAAAAAAAUAACAAUAUGAAUAAACACUGGAUAUUAGAAUUUCAUAAAAUGAAAUAAAUGUUACAAAAAAAAGGAAGAAACCAAAUUAGACAAAAAAAAAUCAGAAAUAAAUUUGAAAUAAGGCUUUAUUUCCCGCUUUUAGAUAUUCUAAAUUAACUUUGAACUAACUUUAGAAGUAUAAGAUCAUGCUGAAAAUUUAGUA